UCCACACACACUCGGCGACGUUCAUAGUCUCUCUCGACUUUGCUGUCUCCCACUACUUUCACCCUCAGUACCUUCUUUUUUUUCUCCCCCUACAGAAACUCUAACCCAGUUUCCUAAUUGAUGGGAGUGCAGGAAGAAGACUUAGAGGAGCAGCGGUCAGCAACAGAGUUGCAAUAAAGAAAAUCGCCCGAGGGGACUGAAACAGACGGAGGCCAGCAUAGACAGGCGGAAGGCGAGGGGGAAAGAAAAGAAAAAAAACAGGAGAGAGAAGGCUGGCUUCAGGUGCCCGAGUGGCGAUGGAGGCGCACGGUGAUGCGUGAAUCUGGAGCACCGCGUCGGGAAGCGCUCGCUUUGUUCAGGUGGAUUACAAAGUGAUCAACCCUCAGAACUGACCGGGGCCGCUUCUGUUUCAUUUUCACUUGACGGAUUAUCUCAAGAAUCAUGAACGUGUCGCCCCCAGACCGAAGGAAAAACAUGCGAGAACUGGCUUUGGAGAUUGGCAUCCGAGUUCUGCUUUUCGGAGUUUUUGUUUUUACUGAGUUUCUGGAACCCUUUGAGAGAGUGAUUCAACCAGAGGAGCUUUGGCUCUACAAGAACCCUCUAGUUGAGUCAGACCACAUUCCCAAGAGGGUCAUGUUCGCAAUUUCAUUCCUUACCCCGUUGGCGGUGAUAUUUGUGGUGAAGAUCAUUCAGAGGACGGACAAGACGGAAAUCAAAGAGGCAUGUUUAGCUGUGUCCCUAGCUCUCGCCCUGAAUGGAGUCUUCACAAAUACCAUCAAGUUGAUUGUUGGCAGACCGAGGCCAGAUUAUUUCCAGCGUUGUUUCCCAGAUGGACAAGUAAAUGCGAAGAUGCUGUGCACUGGAGAGUCAGAUCUAGUCUCCGAGGGACGCAAGAGCUUCCCCAGCAGUCAUUCUUCCUUUGCAUUCUCCGGUCUUGGCUUCACCUCCUUCUACCUGGCGGGCAAGCUGCAGUGUUUCACAGAUCAGGGUCGAGGGCGUAGCUGGCGUCUGUGUGCCACGGUGCUGCCACUCUACAGCGCUAUGAUGAUUGCAUUGUCCCGGACCUGUGACUACAAACACCACUGGCAAGACGCCUUUGUUGGAGGAGUGAUCGGGUUGUUGUUUGCGUACAUCUGCUAUCGCCAGCACUACCCACCCUUUCUGCACAUGGACUGCCACCUGCCUUAUGCCAGUCUGGCUGCCGCCACCCACACACCCUCGCAUGCCCAGGACGACCCGCAACCCACUGACAAUGCCACCACCCUUCCCCUGGAGGGCUUGACUGAAGGGCCAGUAUGACUAGUGGCCACCACCGAGACUUCCGCCAACACCUUUACCAAGCCACCAAGCCCGCCUCCCCAUUCCCCGUGACUGACUGACACUUAUAUACAUUCCAGCAGAUAGUAAUACACCUCACCCACCUCCAUACUUUUAGAUCUCUGUCUCGGUGACACCUACAAUCUUUGUGUUUAUUUUGUUUUUAUAUCUGGUUCUCGCUCAGCGGCCGUGAAAGUUUAUAUUUAGAUGUGAUGUAUGAGAGGAAUCUACGAAUAUGGGACAUCACCGCUGAGAGCGAAUAGAGAAAAACAUGUUGAAAACCUGAGGAAACAAGUCUUACUAAUGGGUGUGAAAGAAGAUAAAACUAUUGCCAGUUUUUUGCUGGAAUUUCUUGGUUAAUGAGAACUGUGUUUGGCAGGUUGUUUAACGCUGGAGUAUAUUUAAUGUUUAUCUGUUAAAUGAUUGGGACAGCAAGUUAGGGAGACCCAGAGAAAAUCCCGUGAAAUGUCACAGCAAUUAAACCAUAAAAUCAAAAAGCUAUUAUCAUAUGUACGUUAUAUUCAACACAAAUUACAAACAAUGUGUGUUUUUUUGUUUCUUUUAACUCAAGGAUUUGCGGCACUAGAUUUAUACCUCCUUGCUUUUAAUCAUUUUUGGUUAUUUUUAGCAAAAUAAUGAUACAUACAAAGCCAAUACAGUCUUGGAGAAAAGCACUGGUCCAUGCCAAUAUUCGAUGCUCUCCAACCUUUCUCUUCUACAUUCACCCAUUUUUAUUAUUUCAUUUUUCUUAUUUUCCUAGAUCUAUAUAAUUUUUCAGUGCAAACCCACAUAUAUCACCAUCUUCCUAUUUCUCUUCCUCUCGUUGUCACCAGAGGUUGCACAGGGACCUGAACCCAAAUUGUAGCUCAAUGAGUGCAAUCAAUAACAGGCAGGUGGGAAUGGCAUGGUGGAAGUGUGUCUGGACAGGCACAAACUUUAAUCUGAUCCUGCAUUAAUCCUCAUUAAGGGAGGUCAGCCUUGGCUGCUUAUGAGCACAUUAAGACUGUAUGAGGUGCCCCACGGACUGCCCAAGCAUUGCAAAUGGCUUUCAGCCUGACUGUAGCCCCACAAACAGACAAUCUAGCAUUCAGGAGAUGACAGGCCCGAACCUAGUACAGCAAUUUUGAUGUAUUAUUCAUCCAUUAAUGUUCCAUUAUUUAUUAAUAUUGCCAGCCUUAAUUUAAUGACAGCACGUUGCAACAGAGAAUACACCAAAGAUUCGUAGCUUUUUUCUGCUUGGGUUGUAUGCACCCUGUUAUGCUUUAUUAACAGAGAUGACACAUAGCCAGAUUACUUGGUCCCUAUCAUCAACAAAGCAAUUUGUAGCUUCCAACAAGUUCUGUUACAAAUUAUGGAUCAUUUUGUUCCCUCGUGUCUUUUUGCCAUUGCUGUGACAUUAAUGGGAAGGUGCAAUCUCAGUUUACUUCUUACCUAACCCAGCUACAUGGAAAGGCAAAGAUUAUAUAUUUGCACUCAAAAAUGAAGGGUGAACACACAAUGUAGAUGGUUCUUUUGUAAUUUAAAUAUAUUGUCAGUACGUUAUUAAGUCCUAUUUAUGUAUUUGUCUAUCUCCACUGAAAAAAGAAAGCUGAAACAGCCUGCACCUAUAGCUGGUAGGAACACACAAGGAAAGCUACUCUGUUCAAAAUUCUUUUAAACACUAUUUCCUCAAAUCAGUCACAAACAAGCCUCUAUCACUAAUGCAACCCACUGGCAGCUUUGUGAAACUGUGUGUGUGUGGGUGCAGGUUUUGACAAGGCCCAUCCCACACUGAUGCAAUACAAAAUUAAACUUUACGAAGAACAAACCUUUCACUAGUCGGGGGGGGGAAAAGGCGCUCGACUCUGCACAUCAGACUCUGUGACAGGACUCAACGAGACUCGAGAGUUGACUGGAAAGGAACUUGUCUCCUUGUCUGCAAUUUGUCUUUCAGCACAGGUCUGUAGAUCUGUGACUGUGAGAUUUUGACAUCUUGAGGCAGAUUUGGAGGUGAAAUGAUUGUGACAGAGAUUCAUCUUGUUGUAUAGACCUGCAAUCGCCUGACUUGGCAGCCUGAUGUUUGUAUUUUGUCAUUUAGUUUGGUACAGUGUUUAUUGGAAAAAAAAAAUGUUCAGAAGUCAUGUCUGUGAGAGUAUUUUCACUUUGCCAUCAAAUGAUUUGAGUUCUCCACUUUCCUUCAAAUCUAUCCAUGAUUUGUUUUAAUUUGGUGCUAUAGAUAGUUUUGUAGCAAUUGGUGUCACUUUUUUUGAAAUGCUUGAUGUGUCAUUUUGAAAAGAAAGUUCAAUAAUUUUCUACAGAGAAAGAAAAAAUAAUAAUUAUACAUACAAUAUGUUUUCAUCAGAUGCACAAGGGCAACCGGUGCUGAAUACUUUUUCUUUUUAAUCAUUUCACCUCCCCAGUGACUGAUGGGAGAAAAGUAUAUCAAAAUAUUAAAGAACAAUGAAAUUAUUAUCUAAAAUUAAUGAAUAGAUGUCUGAAGAAAAAGAGUGUAAGAAUCUUUGUUCAUGGCAUGCCAGUUCCAUUUGUGAGAAAAGACUCUUUUCUAUGAAUAAGCAUGUCUGGCCUUGAGAACUAUUUGAGCUGUGUUUUGCUGUUUAUAUACUUUAUGUACAAUAAAGGACUGCAGCUGUGUGAAA